AGACUUUAUCAUACUCAUAGCCGAAAACAUUAUUCAUAAACCUUUUAUAAAGAUAAAAUACUCUUAUAAACUUGAUAAAUUCUGUCAAAAUUUAUAGUGAGCAUGAACCUUCUAUAAGCUCAUUAAAAGACAAUUGUUUCAAAAAAUUUGGAACUGUUAACAUAAUAUACAGCAAAAUAAUGAUCGCGAUUGAUGCAAUACGUUUGAUUGACGAUAUUGAUCUUCUAACGCGCUCUACUCGCAAGGAAAAAUCUUUCCAGGAACGAAGAGAUCCAUUUCUAUUGAAUGAUGAGGAGUUUCGUAUGAGAUAUCGCUUCUCUAAAGGUGGAGUGGAAAAAAUUAUAAAUUUGGUGAAAUCUGAUAUUUCCCUUGAUAAAAGAGGCUUUGGAACUUCGCCUAAGCUACAAGUUCUCGUGGCUUUACGAUGUUGGGGCCGCAGAGAAGUUCAGGGUGAUGCAGGUGACCUCCAUGGUCUAAGUCAGGCUACUGUAUCCCGCAUCUGUGUUAGGGUGGCAACCGCUCUCGCUAAGCAUGCGGAUAAUAUUAUAAAAAUGCCGGAAACUUUAGCACAGGAGCAAGCGCUGAUGAGAAGUUUUAAGGCUGUGAAAAACUUCCCAAACGUUAUUGGCGCAAUCGAUUGCACUCACAUUAAAAUUAAAAAAGUUGGCGGAGAUAUAUCCCAAUACUACAUAAAUCGAAAAGGAUAUUAUUCAUUAAAUGUCCAAGUGAGUAAUUUUGAUUACAAUUUGACUAUAGAAACAAAUAAAGAGAAAUUGUAUAGGCAGUAUGUGAUGCAAAUCGGUAGUACUCACGAUUGUCGCAUAUUUGACGAGUCAUCCUUGAAAGCGAAUUUCGAGGAAGCAAAGUUUAAAGGGCGAUUGCUUGGCGAUUCAGGGUAUAAGCUCACACCAUAUCUAUUCACACCCAUCCUUAGGCCGCAGAAUGAAAAAGAAGAGAGAUACAAUAUUGCGCAUAUCGGGACAAGGAAUGCAAUAGAAAGAUGUUUUGGCGUUUGGAAGCAGAGAUUUCGUUGCUUACUAGAUGGCAUGACUGUUUCCCUGCAAAAUGCAAAAACACUUAUCGUCGCACUUGCAGUUCUACAUAAUUUUGCAAUCGUUGAAAACGAAAACACGGAAGAAUUUGUUAACAAUAUAUCACCAUGCAAUAAUGCUAUGCUAACACCCGACCGUUCACGUGAUGAAAUACCCGAAGGAAAUCCAGCAAGCCAGAGACGAGCAAAUAUUAUACUUAAAAUGUUUAUUGACAGCAAUUUUUAA